UGAUGCUUGAAAGGGGAAAAAAAACAACAACAACGCGGAAGCGAGCCUGGGUUCUUGUCAGAGACAUCUCUGGCCAAUCCGAGCCCGAACCACUCCGUGAAUGCAGCUGGUGAGGGUUGUGGUGGUGGCGGCGGGGCGGAGGGGGGAGCAGCUUAGUCAGAAGCACCAGUGACCGCUAGCUUCAUGUCAGCCGCACAGACAUCAGCCGAGUAGCAGCAGCAGCAGCAGCAGCGGAGAGCUUUCGGAGGGAAGAAGGAGAGGGAGAGACCGAGGGAGAGAGCGAGGGGGCCGCCUUGAAGGGACAAGGGACGCCGUUUUCCUCACCUGCGAACCGAGCAAGCAGCAGCCGCGCCGAUUCACCUGUUUUAAGAGAGAGGGGGGUAAAGAAAAAAAAACAUAAGCUGGAAGGUUAGCUAGCUGCCGCCAUCUCUUCUCAGUCGGAGCGACCGCCGUGUCUUCCACACCAUGGGGAACGCUGCCACCGCCAAGAAGGGCAACGAGCUAGAGAGCGAGACUUUUGUGAAAGAGUUUCUAGCCAAAGCCAAAGAAGAUUUCUUACGGAAAUGGGAAUGCCCACCACAGAGCACAACGUGCCUAGACGACUUUGACAGAUUAAAGACCCUGGGUACCGGCUCAUUUGGGAGGGUCAUGCUGGUGAAACACAAAGGAACAGAGCAAUACUUUGCCAUGAAAAUACUGGACAAGCAGAAGGUGGUGAAACUCAAGCAAAUAGAACACACAUUAAAUGAGAAGAGGAUAUUACAGGCAGUGAGCUUCCCCUUUCUCGUCAAACUCGAGUACGCAUUUAAGGACAACUCCAAUUUGUACAUGGUAAUGGAGUAUGUUCCAGGAGGAGAGAUGUUCUCACACCUAAGACGAAUCGGAAGGUUCAGUGAACCACACGCGCGGUUUUAUGCGGCCCAGAUAGUGCUGACAUUUGAAUACCUCCACUCACUAGAUCUCAUAUACAGAGAUCUUAAGCCUGAGAAUCUUCUCAUUGACCACCACGGCUACAUUCAGGUGACAGACUUUGGAUUUGCCAAGCGGGUAAAAGGCAGGACCUGGACGUUGUGUGGGACACCGGAGUACCUGGCGCCCGAAAUCAUCCUCAGCAAAGGCUAUAACAAAGCCGUGGACUGGUGGGCCCUCGGAGUCCUCAUCUAUGAAAUGGCAGCUGGCUACCCUCCUUUCUUUGCAGAUCAGCCUAUUCAGAUCUAUGAGAAGAUUGUGUCUGGAAAGGUACGAUUCCCGUCGCACUUCAGCUCCGACUUGAAGGACCUGUUGAGAAACCUGCUGCAGGUGGAUCUGACCAAACGUUACGGCAACCUGAAGAACGGCGUCAACGACAUCAAGGGCCACAAAUGGUUCGCCACAACAGACUGGAUCGCAAUCUACGAGAGAAAGGUUGAAGCUCCAUUCAUACCAAAGUGCAGAGGCCCGGGGGACACCAGCAACUUCGACGACUACGAGGAGGAGGAGAUCCGCGUUUCUUUAACGGAAAAAUGCGCCAAGGAGUUUGCAGAGUUCUAGGACGCGAGUACAUGGAUAUAUCAGGGAAAAAUAAGGGGAUCUUUGCACUCUUCUAAAGACUUGGGAUGGAGCAGAGACCAUCUUUUUCAGAUCUACUACAUAGUCCCUUCAUUCCACAAGGCUGAAUGAGGUCGCCAUGAUCCUUGGGUGCCGAUAACCUCUCACUGUCACAUACACCUGCGUAUUAAAAGCAGACACAUCACUUUUCUCUUCUUCUUCUUCUUUUUUUUUUUUUUGGUUUUUUGUUUUUGUACCUACCCACUGUUUUGUUUUCUACUUUGAAGCAGUUAGUCUUGGAUGUUGUUACUCCCCCCAUUAAAAUGUGACAUUUUUGAUUUAUGAGGAAAAACUGAGACAGUGGCCAACAAUAGUCACUGUAACCCGACUCGUCUGUGGUGGUUUGACACGCAGCACGGUGGGUUGCGGCGUAUUGCCCUCUAGUCGUCAGCAGUGUACAUUUGAAGCCCACAUCACAUUGGCUAUUGUAAAGUUCUGGCCGGCGUACAAAGGUAGAUUUUGUCUUAUGUGCAUAUCUGUCCGUUUUGUAAGACAUUUGAACACAAUGAGUGUUUAAAGCAUGACCAAAUAGAGAACACUGGGUGACACAAGAAGAGAGGUCCCUUCCUUUCUUUGCUUUUUUUGCCUUAGAGAGCCAAGUCCUCAGAUCCAUACGACAGCGUCCAUCCACUGUCCUCUUGGGCGUUCUGACCCGAGGCACAGCAAGCCAUUGCAGUAAAAUGACGAACCUUGUUACAUUAGUAAAAUGCAAAAUUCAUUAUGUUUGUUUGAUCCUUUUGGGAUCUGUUAGUUUCAUGUAAAAUUUGUUGAUUGCUAUCUUGCUAUUUUUUUGUCGCUGUGUCUAACAUUAUGGUCAUUAUUGUCCCUAGAUUUCAGGUCUGCUUAUAACGACCUCUUGUUACGAGUCUGUGGAACAACGUGACUUCAGUAAAUGGAAAAGAGUGAAGUGAAAUCCAGCUAGGAUUCUUAUUGCGUAUAAUGUAAAACUGAGAAGAUCAGUGUGAAUAGUGUCGAGGCUCGGCGGCCCGACAUUGUUAGUGAAAGUACAGAAUUUAUAAUGUAUUACAUGAAAGAUGUUCUAAAGUUGUAAGAAACAGGAACCCAAAACUGCAUCUUUGCCACAUUCUCCCUGUUGCCAGCCCCCCUGGAAGGUUUUUCGUUUCAUUCUUGUCAAAGAAUGUAGAUUUGCAACUUAUAGGUAUGCAUAUUUGAAGGCUUGAUUUCAAAGUACAGUUUUCCUCACAAUACACUGGCUAAAAUAAAGACUGCUCCUUUGUAUCACAUGUAACCCUGUUAUCGUUAAGCUCAUUACAUUAUACGUAUAUGCAUUGUUUCAUAUAUGUUUUUAUUUAUACACAUUAGAGAUGCUAAUAAAUUUUAUUUUUAAAAGUG